AUGGGUCUGUUGUUGAUGACCAUUGCCAUUUUGGAUUGUCCAAAUUAUUCUAUGUGUUCUUGGGAAAUUAUUCUUUGGAUGACCAUAGCCAUUCGACAGAGCUCUGUUCUUGUUCAUAUUCAAUGUGCUGGUUCUCCAUUUUCCUUUUUGCUUUCAAAUUUUUUUAUUGGAAUUAAAUUAUCAGAGCCUGGCUAUUGCGAGGAUGGGAACUUCGGUAUUCGAUUGGAGAACGUGCUGAUAGUCAAUGACGCUGGUACGAAGUUUAAUUUUGGGGACAAGUGUUACUUAUCAUUUGAGCACAUAACAUGGGCACCGUACCAGCAAAAGCUGAUUGACUUGAGCCUUUUAAUGCCAGAAGAAGUAGAUUGGUUGAACACCUACCAUUCCAAAUGUAGGGAUGUUUCGGCCUCAUAUACGAAUGAAUCCGACAUGGCAUGGCUAAAGAAAGCUACUGAACCGAUAUGUGCUUGAGUGAUUCUCUG